CGAGCGGCUGGAUGAGGGAGAGAGAGAGAGGUGGAGUGUAGGCAACAGUACAUACAGUGUGGGGUUUAGGGAUCUGAUUCUUUUCGGGCUGACAGCUGACCUAAAAGCUUGAGCCUCAGUACGAGACCUACUGCAAUCGGACAAAACAGGGGAGAGAGAGGAGAGAGAGAGUGUGUGAGAGAGAGAGAGAAAGAGGGGAAACGACUGGAAUGAAAGAGGAAUAAAAAAGGAGAGAGCGCUCGCGGAUAAAGGAGGAAAGGAAAAAAAAGCCACGACAUCACCAGCCAGAGAGGAGGCACCGCGGAGGAGAGCAGACGACCAGGAGCACGGACACAGCCAGGGAGGGAGGAAAAAAGGAGGAGGAAUUAAAGGGAGAACGGCUGAUAAAAAGCGCUCGAAGUAGCACAAAAGAGGAAACGCAUUAUCACCAGGGCAGGCAUGGCAGAUGCAGAGCUGGACUUCCAGACAGGCGAUGCUGGGGCAUCCUCCACCUUCCCCAUGCAGUGCUCGGCCCUGCGCAAAAAUGGCUUUGUCCUGCUGAAAGGCCGACCCUGCAAGAUUGUCGAGAUGUCCACCUCCAAGACUGGCAAGCAUGGCCACGCUAAGGUCCACUUGGUUGGUAUCGACAUCUUCUCUGGUAAGAAGUAUGAAGAUAUCUGUCCCUCCACCCACAACAUGGACGUCCCCAACAUCAGGAGAAAUGAUUACCAGCUGAUUGGCAUCCAAGAUGGCUACCUGUCCCUGCUCCAGGACAGCGGGGAGGUGAGAGAGGACCUGAGGGUGCCUGAGGGAGAUCUGGGCAAAGAGAUCACGAGCAAGUAUGAAGCUGGGGAGGAGAUUCUGAUUACUGUUCUACAUGCAAUGGAGGAGGAGGCUGCAAUUGCCAUCAAAGCCAUGGCUAAAUAAGGCACUGCAGGUAAAUACAGCUGUACCGACACCCAGCUGUCCUCUCACCACAACUACCGCCUGACUCAAGCCUGCCUGAAGAGGAGUGUGUGUGUAUGAGCGUAUGUGCGUGUGUGCGUGUGUGUGUGUGUAUGUGUAUGUGUAUGUGUGUGUGUGUGUUACACCACAAGACAAAAAGCAUGUGCCAUGCCCAGUGCAGCGUGUGUGAUGUCAUGUACAUGUACAGUGUAUUGUUCAUCAGUGGACCAAGGGGAAGGCAACUCCAGUCAACAAGAGUGUUACCAAUAUUUAGUUUUUGGAUUUACUGUUACAAAAAUAUUGCCCUUAUUAAAUGUUCUGCACAUUUCAACAGUGCAUAUUCACUAUAGAAGAAGUCGUAAUGAUUUUCCACGUUGUUGCAUACAAGUCUUUAAGCUUUUUUUUUUGCCAUGUGUGUAUUUGUUUGAACUGGACAUAUUUGUUGUCACCCGAGAUGUUAAGUUUUAUGUUUGUAAAAAUAAAAGAAAACUUGAGAGGAAAUUGGUAAUGUAUUGAAAAUGUCACAUUUGUAUCGAUGGUCUCUGAGCAGUAUGCCACCAUGGAUUUGCCUACCCCUUCUGCACUUUUUGUUUAAUGUUAACAUUAUGAGCAUGUGUACCGUAUUUACUUAGAGGCCUCAAAUAUAAAUGAAAGCUUAUGAUUCCUAUUGUAUUGCUGAGCAAUGUUGUAUUUUUCUGUGCAGAGAAGUUGUGGGUAGCACUUCAUUUUACAGCCUGAUCCAUAUAGCAACAAUAUACAGUACCUGCCUGGCAACACAGUUGCUGAUUUUUUUAGUUGAUAAACUCAGAGAAAGUGAUUUCUGCAUUAUGGUAGUUGAUCAAACCAUUGGAUCAGACAUUAUUGUGCACUUUAUUACUUGCAAACUGCAGGCUGUAGAAUCAAGUGCUCACAAAAUGUGUUCAAGUUGUUGUGCCGUGUUUAUUCUGGAGAGGUUGAUUAGUUAGUUUUAAUACUAAUGAAUCUGUGUAGUAAUGACACAUUAAAACAUAUUACCCACGCGUCUUUUCUUUCCUGAAAAUGCCUUUCCUCUUCUCUCUCUGGUUUCUGACUCCUCUUUCCUCUGUCUCCUCUCUCCAUCCCCUUGUAAUUGUGUUUCAGGGGCAAACAAGAUGCACUGGACCUGGGGAAAAGGAAGGGGAUAUUGCCUCGCCAAUGCUAUUCUCCCUCUUUUUCUUUUCUUUUGUCUUUGUUUUUCAUACUCUCUCUCUCACUCUAUACUUUCUGACCAUCCUUUGGGUUCAGUUAGAGAAGAAAUUUAAUAAAUAAUUGGAAAUGGCAAACUGUAAAAACAUUCUCUAUGUACAUGCACACAUAAUACCACAUCUGAUUCAAGAGGCUGAAUAAAAGGAGAGAAGGGUAGAAUAGAGAAAGGUCUUCUCUCACAAACGGUUGCCAGUGAUUGAGUAGGUCAGCACACACUCAGUAGCUACCUGCUGUCAGGGGAGAGGUGGUGAUGAUGUCACAACUGUGUUUUUUUAAAUAAACGUGUUCCCCUGAUUUAUCAAGGGCUUCAACUCUAGAUUGACAUUGUUUAUUCUGUUCUGGCUUGUUCAGUGGGUGUGCCAUGUUCAAAAUGUUGGCAUAGAAGUGUACCACACAGGGUUGGCAAGAGUGUUUGCCAAUAAUGUGUGGCACUUUUCUAAUUGUGAUUCUCUGGACAAGCCCCUCCUUCUGUUGUUUAAUAUUUCAUGGAACAUAUAUCACCUGAAACCUGUCUAUUAAACAAAAGUUAUCAAGAUGGCA